AUGCUCAUCCCCUGUGGCGCCGCCACGGCUGUUUGUGCUGCCGUUGCCCUGACCGCCACCUCCCUUGCCCCCACCUCCCCCUUUGCCGUUGUUCCGAGCCUGCUUGCGGGGCUGGGUAGCAGUGAGGGAGGAGGAGGGUUGGGAGGAGGCGAGGUUGACAAUGGGGGUGCGAAGUUUAACUUCGGUGUCGAUAAUCCACUGUUCAACGGAGGCGAGAUCGGCCAUGGGAUUGGCUUCGUCUGCGUCAGCGGUGGCUUGGUCGUCGAUGAGUUGGAGGUCGGGUGCACGAGGAGGAUCGCCGGGAGGGGGAGGGAGAGGAGGGGUUUCUCCGGGGUGUUCAGGAGGGGUGGGGGGGAGAGCAUGGGGACGACGGAGGAUGACGUCAAGGACGCGGUAGGGGGGGACCCAUGCAUCGGAGAGCAGUCGACGAAUGCUGCCGAUAAAGGAGUGCCAGUUGACGGCGGAUUUGUCUGCGGCGAGUUGCAGCUUGUCGAUGGAGGAGGUAUCAAUAGGAGGAGGGAGGGGGGAGGGAGUGGUGUGAGCCAUGAUGGACGGCCGCGGGUGGACCCGCAGUGGCGGCGGCGAGGCCGCGGAGUGGCGCGGGCGGCGGCUGGCGAGGCCGCGGCAAGGCGCGGAGGCGGCGUCGAGGCCGGGGAAGGGCGCGGGCAGCGGCGGCUAGCAAGGCCGCCGUGGCGCUGGCGCGGAGGCGGCAGUGAGGCCGCGGAGUGGCGCGGGCGGCGGCUGGCGAGGCCGCGGCAAGGCGCGGAGGCGGCGUCGAGGCCGGGGAAGGGCGCGGGCGGCGGCAGCUCGCGAGGCCGCGGCGGCCCUAGCGCGGAGGCGGCGGCGAGGCCGCGGAGUGGCGCGGGCGGCGGCUGGCGAGGCCGCGGCGAGGCGCGGAGGCGGCGUCGCGGCCGCGGAGGGGAAGGGCGCGGGCGGCGGCGGCUGGCGAGGCCGCGGCGCGCGCGGGGCGGCAGCUGGCGCGGGCGGCGGCGGCUGGCGAGGCCGCGGUGCGCGCGGGCGGCGGAUGGCGCGGGCGGCGGCGGCUGGCGAGGCCGCGGCGGCGCUGGCGCGAAGGCGGCGGCGAGGCCGCGGAGUGGCACGGGCGGCGGCUGGCAAGGCCGCGGCGUGGCGCUGAGGCGGCGUCGCGGCUGCGGAGGGAAGGGCGCGGGCUGGCGCGGAGGCGGCGGCGAGGCCGCGGAGUGGCGCGGGCGGCGGCUGGCAAGGCCGCGGCGUGGCGCUGAGGCGGCGUCGCGGCCGCGGAGGGAAGGGCGCGGGCUGGCGCGGAGGCGGCGGCGUGGCCACGGAGUGGCGCGGGCGGCGGCUGGCAAGGCCGCGGAGAGGCGCGGAGGCGGCGUCGAGGCUGCGAAGGGGAAGGGCACGGGCAGCGGCGGCUGGCGAGGCCGCGGCGGCGCUGGCGCGGAGGCGGCGUUCGAGGCCGCGGAGCAAAAAGCGCGGGCGGCAGCGGCUGGUGAGGCCGCGGCAGCUGUAGAGGAAGAAAGGGCGCUAAUGGGGGGGGGGGGGAGGAAGGCGGCGAGAUAG